UCUGUCAAAGCCGGAGCUGCCAAGCUCUCGCGAGAGACUGCGGGUCCGUAGCCACGAGAUGUGGGGCUCAGGUGUAAGCAGAGCGCAUCUCAGCCCAGCGCUAGCAUAGAGCAGACAGAUAAGUGAGACCGAGAGGGCUGGAGGGAGGCUCACGGUGCGGUCCUAGGGAGCUCCAAGGAACAGCGGUACCAGCAGUGGGAUCUGCCGCUGCAGCCUCGUCCCCAGCAGGAGGAGAGCGCCCGGAGAGCACUUUUCCCCUUACUUCAGGAGUGUUUGUGGAUUUACAUGCCAAGCCUGCAAGAUGAUGUCCAUGAACAGCAAACAGCCACAUUUUGCCAUGCAUCCCACCCUCCCUGAACACAAGUACCCCUCGCUGCACUCCAGCUCGGAAGCAAUAAGAAGAGCCUGUCUACCAACUCCACCGUCCAUCUGCGACUCGGACACGGACCCCCGCGAGCUGGAGGCCUUCGCCGAGCGCUUCAAGCAGCGGCGCAUCAAGCUGGGCGUGACCCAGGCCGACGUGGGCUCGGCCCUGGCCAACCUGAAGAUCCCGGGCGUGGGCUCGCUGAGCCAGAGCACCAUCUGCCGCUUCGAGUCGCUCACCCUGUCCCACAACAACAUGAUCGCGCUCAAGCCCAUCCUGCAGGCCUGGCUGGAGGAGGCCGAGGGCGCCCAGCGCGAGAAAAUGAACAAGCCCGAGCUCUUCAACGGGGGCGAGAAGAAGCGCAAGCGGACUUCCAUCGCCGCCCCGGAGAAGCGCUCCCUGGAGGCCUACUUCGCCGUGCAGCCCCGGCCCUCCUCCGAGAAGAUCGCCGCCAUCGCCGAGAAAUUGGACCUGAAAAAGAACGUGGUGCGGGUUUGGUUUUGCAACCAGAGACAGAAGCAAAAAAGGAUGAAAUUUUCCGCCACCUACUAAGCGGAGGAACCCACCCCAGGCGCCAAGUUUCCAUCCCCUGGAGUGUGGGCGAAGGGAGGAGGUGGAGGGGGGCAAUGUGGGGCUGGGAGCGAAGGGAGGGAGAUUGGGGUGUGCGAGUGGGAGUGGAGAUUGUGGACCAGGCGAGGGGGAAGCCAGUGGACUUGUUGUUCGACCAGAGACACUCUCCAAAAUCUCCUGGGGACCAAGGAACAGUGUAAGGGAGAAAACAAACAAACAAACUUCGUGAAGAAACUAGAACAACCAGAAGAGCAAAAGUAAAUGCUCUGCAAAUCCAUGGGGGUCGCUUCUGCAGGCUGAUCGCCCCCUUUUACAGGAAGAGAGAGCGAGACCAACUCAAGCGUAAACACACCGAGACACACACCAAACUUACAAAUACAUACGUUUAAAAUAAACCCUUAAGUCACCAAUUAAAAAAAAAAACAGAGAGAGAAGAUACCCCACAAUCCAGCAGCUGAAACUGUUGGUGAUGAUGCUCGUUGUUUCUGUUUGGGUCUCUUUUUGUUCUUUGCUUUUUAACUAUGUGUUUUAUGAGGCUUUGUGACGGUUCUUCUCUGUGUUGCUGGGGGGAGGGGGUUGGAGAGGGAGGCUUUUGCAGUUCCCACUUCGGUUCGGAUGCGUGGGGAGAAGGGAGAGAUGUUGGCCCUUGUUUCAUAAACACUAACUAGGUACCAGCCGGGCGUGAAUGCUCAGUCACAGGCUUUAUUUAUACUCUUGAGAAAUUUUCCCUUUCUUCGGCCCUCACUCUGCCAUGGAAGCCAGCCGUUUUUAUAGCUAGCUGUAUAAAAAGUUACUUGCUCCUUUGUUCCUUUUCCUCCCUGUGUGUGCUUUGUGUUUCUAUCUAGAGAGAGAUCCAUAUCUCAAUAGAGAUGCAUCUAGCUAGAGAUACAACGCAUACGUGAGCUGAUAGACUGCCCUGGCUGCCCCUGUUAACGUUAGAAGAAAACACGCUCUGAGUCAUUAAGUCUCAGGGUUAAAUGUGUCCUUCCCCUCUGACGUCUCUUCCAAAUCUGUUGGAGAGGUUUAGAAGAUCGCGGUGGUAGAAGGCUUCCUGUGAGUAACAGGGUUUAUUUUACUGAGCAGGCAAGCGAAAUCACCAAUGUAAAGAGGCAGGAUUGGAAACGACAUUUGUUUCUGCGGGGUCUGCAUGUGGAGGGGGAACACAUGUGGGUUUAAAAUCGUUUAUUGUAAAUAAUAAACGUUAAGUAGAGGACUUGUUUUGUAUGGUUACAAUUUGCACUAUCACAGUAUCCCAAAUUGGAAAGCAAAGCAACUAUUCCGUGUUAUUAAAGAUAAAGGUUUAUAUCUCGGGGGAUUGUAGGGGGAAAAGAGAGAAAGAUGGCCAGAGUUCGUUGGAUAAAAAAAACCAGCUGUGUACAAAAGACAUUCAUGGGAGCUGGUGUUAUUGGAAAGGCUUUAAAGCCCAAGCAUUUCUGAAAAAGAAAACACCCUGCUGUUUAAAACAAAGACUGGACUCAUGCAUGACCUGAAAAAGGCACAGAAAGAUCCGUUAUAAGGUCUCGCUAUUAUUUAUUUAUUUAUUUGAUUAUUUAUUUGAUUAUUUGUGUAUCAUUGUUUGCAGCGCAAACAUUCUAUGCAUUUUGAAACUGAGCACUAAAAUAGAGUAGCUUCUGGUAGAACCUUUUGUGGAUGGUGUAAUUUCACAGUUUACUGCCUGUUUUCACUGAAAACACAAACAUUCUUGUCACGUUCUUGUAUUUAGAUUUUAUUUUAAAAAGGGAAGGUGAUUGUAAAUAUUUUCUUUAAUGCAGUACACACACACACACACACACACACACACACAUACACACACACACACACACAAAUACAAACUGCAACCACGUGUGGAUCCUGAAAUGUCUCACUGAAUUUUCUCCCUGUCCAUGUAUGUUUGCUGAGCUUUCUCCUUGGUUGUGUCUUUACUAUAUUACUUUUAUUUUUAUCAUAAAUAUUUCUGUAACACAAAAUACAACAGGGAGAUGCGUCCCAGCACACUUACAAAUAAAACAAACAUGAAAACAGAAUAGUUUAUUAUUGGGUGCAUCUUUUUUAUUUAUUUCUGAAGCACGGCUGAUAAAUUCAAAGGAUAGCCGUUAGACAAAUACUAAAAUUCUACCAAAAAUAAAAAUAGCGAGAGAUGUAUUUUUCUGCUAAAUUCAGAAAUCAUUACUUUGAGAUAGCUCUUAUGUGAAAAUCGGUGCUCUGAAUAAAAUUAACUAUAUAUUAGCUGCGUGUGGUUCUUGAAGUUUAUUCUAUAACUGCAGAAAAUAUAAAUCAAAGUGAAAUUAAAAAGGACUUCUGAAGUAUUUCUUUUCAGUUUGAUGGAAAGGAUUAUGCACCUACAAAAUAUGUGUAAAGAAGAAAAACGCUUGGUGGUUUCAGGUUUAUAUGUUGUUCUGACUGGCCUACUUGCACUUAAUUAUGUAACAAAAUAUUUUAUUUUUAUUUUGUGUUAAUAAAUAUGAAAAUCAUAAACUGAUCUCUCCUUACGUUGUAAAUGCAAUUGUUCAUUAGGAACGUAUAGGAUGCCACCUACUGCUUCAAGUGAUCAAAGAACCUCUUUCGUUUCUGAUGACUUGUGACUAGAUCAGAUGCCAAAUGUAAAAAGUUACUUAAUAGCUGGGAUUACUUCUUCUGUAAACAUAGUUCAGCCAAAUCUUUUUAAUUUCGCCGGUAAAUCUGUGAAUCAAACACAUAACGUGAUGUUCAGAAAAGAAUAAAACGUUCGAAAAGCUGUGAUUUUAAGUAACUGUUGAUGUUAAAAACAAAAGCACUAAAGGUAUUUUUUAAAAAAUAGACCUCGUCCACCGGAAAUUGACUUGUUUCUGUUGUUAUUAACUUGAAAUGUCAUCAGAAUUUUUAAUAAAUGCAUUUGUAAAAAUAUUAUUUUAUAGAAAAAGUAUUACCGGAUAUCAUUUUUGGAGAGUCAGGAAUGAACAAAAAAAUAAAUUACACACUUUUUUUUAAUCUUCCCCAUAACUGAAAUGUUACAGGACAGCACGUUUGUAUUAUACAACAAUGACCAAUGUAUGUAUUGAAAAGUAAAGAAGUUUGUUUUGUAUUAAGUACAAUCCUUAUCGAGUACAAAGCAAAUACUAUGUUAA